UACAAAAGACGCGUCGCGGAGCAAGCUGCUCCAUCAGUCCAAAACCGAUCGAGCUCCUCCAAUGUCUUCCACCUCAUCUUCGUCCAUGGACGACCAACCACCCCUUCUCCUCCCCCUCGCUCGCGGCGAAUACCGCCUCUUCGUCUUCCUCUAACACCCGCAUCCAAACACGCAAAGCAACAAGAAUCGACCAAGCCUUCAGUUAGAGAUUUACUUAGAGUUCUGAAGAUCCAAACAGGAGGGAGCCCGGGAGGUUUCCACUUUCCAUUUCCACCGCAACAGUAUGUCAGCGGCGGUUGUGCAAGACUUGGCGCCGGCCAUCGAGGCAGCGACGGCCGCGGAGGUGGAGUGGGCGGCGUGCGCGUGCUGCGGGCUGAGGGAGGAGUGCACGGCCGCGUACGCGGCCGGCGUGCGCGCGCGGUUCGCGGGGCAGUGGCUGUGCGGCCUCUGCGGCGACGCCGUGGGCGAGGAUCUCGCCGCCGCCGGUGGAGGAUCAGCGGCUGCCUCGGUGGAGGUUGAGGCUGCGAUCGCGAGGCACGCAGCCUUCUGCCAGGCGCUCUUCUGCAGGUCGCCGGCUGCGGCCGAGCGGCUCAUCGCCGCGGUGCGGCGUCUGCUCCGCAGCGAGAGCGGGAGGAAGGAGAAGGCAUCCGUUCAGGUGGUGCUGGAGUUACGGGAGGCCUGAAGCAGAUCGAAGAUCUGUUCGUUCAGGAGCUACUUACCUAGGUAGCUAGGGUCUAUUCUCUUCAGCAUCUACUACAAUUCAAAUUCAAUAUGCUUCCGUGGUUUACAGUUAGUUUCUGAAUAUCGACAUGCUUAAUUGGGGCGCCGAUCCUGAAACUUCUUCAGCUUCUUGUAAAUUUGAUGACACCAUUGUAGAGGAAGCAAGGAAAAUAAUAUAGAUGGAGCUCAGAUGAAAGAAUUGCAUUUUUUGUACUGGCAAGUGUAAAUCCAUCUAAGUAAUCCAACAUUGCCAAUUUUUGUGUCCCUGGUUUUA